AACCGGAGCAGCUCACGGAGAUGACUAAAACACAAGCAGAACGUUGUUAAGUGGCAAUGUUCUUGUAAAAAGGUCGGUGGCCGUCUCAGCCAAUCAGAGCCUCGCAAAGGGCAAUUGACAUCGUAGCCCCGCCCCCAGGACACCUGUAACCCAAUCGCAGGCGCCGUCACAGGGACACGUUGUUUGUUGCCGCUGCCCUCAUCCAAACGUUCGCGGCGGAGUUUUUCCACGCUUAAAGAAGACGGAUCGGAUUUUCAGUCCCAACUAGAAAGUCCAGUUCGACCGACCGAGAUGUCACAGGAGCAUGACAACAAGCGUGCUGUCCUGGUCUUGCAGAAUGACCCCAACUAUGGUGCCCAACGUCGCUCUUUCACCACGGAGGAUGAAGCCUGGAAAUCGUUCCUGGAGAACCCACUUACAGCUGCCACCAAGGCCAUGAUGAGCAUCAACGGGGACGAAGACAGUGCCGCCGCUCUAGGCCUGCUCUACGACUACUACAAGGUGCCCAGGGAAAAAAGAACAAUAGCCCAGAACAAGCCUGAUGCUUUGGUCUCUGAUGUGGAUCCCAACAAAAGACACCAGCUUCAGACGGGACAUCCCAUGCCCUCCCUCUCAGAGACAGGCAUGGAGAACAGGAUUCAGGUCCUCAAGGGGCCCUUCAAUAUUCUCCAGCUAGCCCCAGACAAGAGGACCCAGUUCCCAUCACCAGACACGACCGUCACAGUGUCCAUCGCCGCCCUGCAGAAUUACCCGACCGUCAAGACGGAGGUGCCCCUCCACGGUUUGACCGUGCCGAGCAGUUGCGCUGAAACUGACAACCAUGUGGGCGUCUUCGACCGCCCUCAGCUCGCCCACAAUUCGGUCCAGUUCAGCCCCGCCACGCAAUCCCGCACGCCCCCGGACUCCACCUUCUCAGAGAGUUUCAAGGACAGUUCCCAGGAGGUCUUCUCAUUCCCGGGCGAUCUGCAGUUACGCAUGUCUUCCAUGACGUCUGACGACUACACUCAGUUUGAGACGGUGCCGGGGAAUAAUUUUGAGUACACACUGGAAGCAUCCAAAUCGCUGCGUCAGAAGACAGGCGACGGGACCAUGACGUAUCUAAACAAGGGACAGUUUUACCCCAUCAUCCUGCGAGAGAUUGACAACAAAGGCCUGCAGCAACCCAUCACCAAAGUCAGGAGUGUAGUGAUGGUCGUGUUUGGAGAGGAGAAGUGCAGAGAUGAUCAGUUAAAGCAUUGGAAGUACUGGCACUCCAGACAGCACACUGCCAAACAAAGGUGUCUUGAUAUUGCAGACUACAAGGAGAGCUUCAACACCAUCAGCAACAUUGAAGAGAUUUCCUACAACGCCAUUUCCUUCACUUGGGACACAAACGAGGAGGCCAAAAUCUUCAUCUCGGUCAACUGUCUCAGCACAGACUUCUCCUCUCAGAAGGGCGUGAAGGGCCUGCCUCUCAACUUGCAGAUUGACACGUACUCCUACAACAACCGCAGCAACAAGCCCAUCCACCGAGCCUACUGCCAGAUUAAGGUGUUCUGCGACAAGGGAGCCGAGAGGAAGAUCCGCGACGAAGAGAGAAAGCAGUCCCGCCGAAAAGGCAAGGUGGUCGACAUCAACCCUGGCCUCUCCUUCGUCGAUGUCAAAGGGCCGCUUCUGCAGAAACGCAACGACGUGACCAUCUUCAAGAUGAUGACAGACAUUGAGACCCAGCCUGUCCUCUUCAUACCUGACAUGCACUUCUCCACCUUCCAACGUCAUCCUUUUGCGGCAGAAGAUGGAGAAGAAAGCUCCGGCAUGAAGAGGUUACCCUUCAGCGAUGACGAGUUUGGGUCGCCGCCCGGCAAGAUGGCCCGAGCGGAGGAACCUAAGAAAGUGCUGCUGUACGUACGUAAGGAGACGGAGGAGGUUUUUGACGCUUUAAUGCUGAAGAAUCCCUCACUGAAAGGCCUGGUGGACGCUAUUUCAGAGAAGUACGACUUGCCACUGGACAAAAUUGGAAAAGUAUACAAGAAAUGCAAGAAAGGGAUCCUGGUGCACAUGGAUGACAACAUCAUCAAGCACUACUCCAAUGAAGACACUUUCCAAAUCUCCAUGGAGGAGCUGGGUGGCAUGUACAAGCUCACCCUCAGUGAAAUCUGAUUGGACGACAUGAAACGACAAGGAGAAUGUGGAGGAUAAAUGGUUUACACUAUCCAGUGAUGACGGACUCUUGUAUGAUGUUGUGAUAUUACAUAAAAAAAUUGUAUUUAAAAAAAAAAAAAAAAAAAAAAAGAA